AUGCUGCGCGCUGUUUUAGUAUUGUCCCUUUUGGUCGGGGUAUACUCUGUGGCGUUACAAGGCCCAACGUUAACAAUUUACAACCCGUGCAGCCUCGGCAUUAUAUAUUUUGAUAAAUUAACGAGUGAAUUGUGGCAGGGUGUUAUUAAUCUUAGUUUGUACCCUAAUAUAACUAAUGCAGAAAUCGAAGUGAAUUUCGAUAAGCCUAUGGAAAUUUAUGGGGCGUCACACAACAGUACAGUAUACGCGAAGAAGGAGAGGCACAAUUUCCUAUUCAAGCCGAAAGGAGAUUUACCAUCGCGGUACUUCUUCUACAUAUCUGUGAGAAAUAAUGCUAGCGACGUGCCGAGUGUAACUAAAGUCAGAUUGAAUGAUUUUACGCUAUGCAACGCUACUAUCAAGAAUGAGUUAACAGUCCAGUCAUUUAACGCGACAAAAGCAGGGGACACGAACUACCGUCAAGUUUGUGGUCGCAGAACACUUCAGAACGCCGAACUAACUUCAGUGAAGACAGAAGCCACAGCUGGGGAGUGGCCGUGGCAUGUUGCUCUACUAAUCAGGCAAAUUUUGUUUCUUGCCAUGUACCAGUGCGGUGGAAGUAUUAUUUCUAGGACUGCUGUUUUAACUGCCGGUCAUUGUGUUUUCCUCAAUGGAAAUCCUGUAGAUGUAUCACGAAUUAUGAUUGAAGCUGGAGUGGACAAUUUAAGGGAUUACAAUCAGACUGGAAGACAAAUACUAAACGCGAUAGAUGUGUUUGUUCAUCCUGCAUACGAUCCAGAUCAAUCUACAGCGGAUUUAGCUAUUGUACGUGUGAACGCAUUUACAUAUACAGAGUACGUACAACCGAUAUGCAUCUGGGGACCAUCUUAUGAUAAGAGAAAUUUGUUUGGACAGCUCGCUGUGGUAGUCGGCUUCGGUACGACAGAAGAAAAUCAAUUAUCCGACACGCUAAGGUCAACGUACAGUGUGGUGCAGAAUGAUACGACGUGCAUUGCGUAUUCGCCCGACCUCUACACUGGCUUGUUGAACGAGUUCACGUUUUGCGCGGGACUCGAUCCUAAAUCAGGUACAAGCCCCCUCAAGGGCGACAGCGGUGGCGGCCUCAUAGUGCCAACUAUGCAGCCCGAUCACAAAGUUAGCUGGUUCUUGCGCGGAGUACUUUCCAAGUGCGGUAUAGCUGCCGGCGACACCAGAUGUCAUCCGAAGUUCUAUGUCAUAUACACUAAUGUUGCACCUCAUUAUGGUUGGAUAUAUCACCAUGCUGGCAUUAAUUAUAUGAGCAACGUCGUUGACUAA